ACGUUAAAAUGUCACACAGAAUGUACGAGACACAGUGGAGGGAGGUGGAGGGGGAGUUGGCUGAUAUCCUGAGAGAUGACAAGGAGUACGUGGCUCAAGAUGUGAUAGAGGACAGACCAAAGGCAUUCAAACAGGCUGCGACAAAUUAUAUCAGGUAUACUCGGUGUGCAAACAAACUAAACAGUUGCCUUGAUCAGAUGGUUCACGCCAAUAAAAGGAUAACUGUUCGGACGCUUUUGGAAGCGACUAUAUCAAGAAUGCUUCAAGUCAAGCAAGAACUGGUCAAUCAAGAACUUUCUGACUUCAACUACCUUGACGGGGUGUUAGCUGACAUGAGAUUGACUCCCUACGACGUGGAAUGCCAAGUACCGAGGUACUACAGACGUGAGAGAGCCGAGAAGAUAUCGAAGAUCAACAACGACAUAGAUGCCAUUCUGGAGGAACUUGAAAAAUCUGUGACAGUUGAAGUUGAUGAGGAUAAUCUUGAUAUGGCUUCGGAGGAAGAAAAGAGCCAAAAGGGAGAAGAGGUCCCAGAUGAAGAAGUGGAUACAAUUAGUCAAGGAAGUGCUUUGAAAAUAAAACAAGCGGCUGCAAGGGAAGCCGAGAAAGAGGAAGAGCGGAUGAAAAAAAUACGUAACAGACCCCCUUCAUUCAAAACGGUUGAACUUACGGAAUCACAAAAGCUUUUCAAAAGUAUGAUUGGGUUGAUCCAAAGACACGAACGGGCAAGAGUAGCACGUCUUCAAACUCAGGAAUUGAAAGAGAAGCAGCGUAUCCAGAGAGACAUUGCUUGGCACGUGUAUCAACCUAUCCCUCAGGAUGUACAGGAGCGAUCUGUAGAUAAGAUACAGAGAUUCUGGAGAGGAUACGUGGCCAAACAUCGCGCGUGGAGUCACAUGACGGGGAACAGGCUGCUAAUGGGAGAAUUGACUCCUAGCUGGCGCCCGCACGCCGAGAAGGACAAGAUGCUCGCCGUGAAUAACCAUCGCCACGAGCUGCAGAAGGUCGCCGAUGAAGAGUACGAAGCGGCACUGCAGCAACUGAAGGUCGAGGUUUGUCGCGAUGCUGACGACGUCAAGGACGACAUCGCAGACCACCUCCGUUGGUACAUCCAGGACUGGUACCGCAGAAUCGGCGAGCUCCCUGACUUCCCAGCGGCGGCUAAGAUAGAUGAACCAGAAGGCAUGCUUGGAUGGCCUAAAGACACCCCGGAGGAUUUUAUCAAGAGAAUGACCAAGGUGACGCCGGGACACCGAGAAGUGUAUCCCGGUCUUCCUCCACACUUGCUCGGGGGCUCCGCCCUUCUUGUGGCCGGAUUUUGGGUUGACCCGGACCUCUGGGACCUAGCACACACGGCCGCCAGACUGGCUAAGGGAAAGGCUGGGGGGAAGGAGUCACAGAAGAAAGAGAAACUUACCAAGCAGCAACUCAAAGAGAAGAAAGCUGAGGAGAAGGAAAAGAAACGUUUAGAGAACGAAGCGAAAAAGAAGGUGCUGGAAGAAAAACUAAAAAGAGGAGUUGUACCGAAUCCUACAGAUGUGCUGGAUCCUUUUACUAGGCAUUUAGACAAAUCCAACACUCAGUGGAAUGGGUUUGACGAUCUUGAAUCGAACCCAAAUCAGACACACAGGGAUGAUCAGCCUAGAACGCAGAUUGUUUAUGAUCAACACAACGAGUUAAGAGAAGUAGUCGACGAGCUUAUGAGAAUGGAAAUAGAACGCCUUCAAUCAGCUCUUAACAAAGAUAGAGGAAAGAAAAAGAAGGGAGGUGCAAAAAAGAAGAAAAAGAAGAAGCCUAAGAAAAAGAAGGAGAAAAAAGAUCUAACACAUGACAGGACAGAAGAGUCUCUCUUUCGCGAACUGGUCGAAAACGGAAUAGUAAAGAAGAGCCAGGACAUACAGAUUGACUCGUUUUUCUGUGAUCCGUCUUGGAAAAAUUAUGAUCUCAGGCGGGAGCCUUGGUGGCAAAACUCGCAACCAAACCUUUGGGAUGUAAAGCAGGUGGUGAAGGAGUACGCCAUCCUACCCCUGGGGUCUGUAACUGUGCAUAGGUCAGCCCCUCUGGUACGCUCUCUCCUGCUAGCUGGGUAUCCGGACUGCGGCAAGAGAACGCUGGUCGAUGCUAUUGUAGCGGAGACUGGAAGUGUCUUGUUCGACCUCAGUCCGGCAAAUACCGCGGGAAAAUAUUCCGGAAAAAAGGGACUCAAUAUGCUGGUUCACUUGGUCUCUAAGAUGUCAAAAAUUCUACAGCCAUCCGUGAUUUUCAUAGAAGGUGGCGAGAAGGUGUUUUACAAGAAAGUACCCAAGGCCGAGAAGCAAGACAAUCCAAAGGCUCUGCAAAAGCAACUUCCCAAGAUGGUUAAGUCUAUCGGUCCUCAGGACCAGGUGCUUCUCGUAGCCACAUCGGAGGCUCCGUGGAUGGGGAAAGUGAAGUCGAUGAGAAAGACUUUUGACAAGAUCGUCCCAGUUCUCGCGCCAGAUCAGUCUACUAGCGCGCACUAUUGGCAUCUCCAGCUGAUGAGGUACCACGGAGUCGACCGCGAUUUCCUCCACUCUCCGUUGGCAUGGUGCACCCAAGGGUACCCAUUGGCGACCAUAGACAAAGUCAUCCGUAACCUCAUGACUGCAGAGAGGGUCGUAGCUCUCAAGUACCGCCCUUUGGAUCCUCAGGAGUUGCUGGAUCUUCUCCUCGGUGAAGCAGCUAUCUCUGAAGAACAGAAAGAUAAGCUAUGGGGAUGGUACGAGGCGACCUACCCACUGGCCAAGAAGAGAGGAGAGAAAGCGAAAAUAGAUAAGGAGUUGAGGGAUAAGCAGGCAGCUGCGGAGGCAAAGAAAAAGGAUCAAAAGAAAAAGAAAUGAUAAGCUUAAGUGGAAGCAGGAUGUGUUGUUUACUUGUUGUUGUAUGACUAAUAAAUUAUUCAAGUCUCUAAUCUUCAC